AUGCGGCGCUCGUCACCUCGCAGCACCGCCGUGUCGUACCACCGAUCAGACGAGGUGCUGGGCGUGGUGAUUCUGGAUGCUGGCAAGCCCUCGCCAGAGGGAGAUGCCCUGCUGCUCGACUUUGCCGCGGCCUAUAGGCAGGAGCACCAGCGGGACAUUGUGUCUGUGGCCAGCUCCGCCACGCUGGAGAGAGCGGUGCGAGGGUGUGUGGCGGCGGGGGCAAACAAGAUCAUGGUUGUGCCUUAUCUGCUGGGAUCCAGCCGUAGCAUGGAGCGUGACCUCAUGGCUGUGCUGGCAGAGGUGCAGCUCAGGAUGCCGGGCGUGAGGUGCGCCACAGGGGAGAGCAUCCCUGUGGCAAGCAUCCUGGCGCAGCACAUCGAAAACCAGGUCAAGGUGGUGGAGGUGAAAGCGGUCGAUGUGCCUGAGCGGUAUUGGACCCCCGAACGAGAGCUAAGGCCUGGUGGCAGCACCAAGAGCAGCCGCGAGUGCAGCAGGCCUGCACCCGGUUCCAGCUCGCUAGGGGCGCAGCAGCAGCAUCAACAGCAGCGGAUGUGGGCCGAAGCACCUGCCAGCAGCAGCAUGAAUGGCAGCAGCAUUAAUGGCAGCAGCAGCAAUGGUAGUAGCAUCGGCGCCACUGAUAGCUCCAGUAGGCAGGCAGCCGUGGCCACCGCCGCCGCCGCCGCCGCCUCUGCCACGCCCAAUGGAGCGGGAGCGAGCGGGGCCGCCGAGGGGCAGUCGGUGCAGCUGGAGCAGCGGCUGGCUCACCUGGAAGAUCAGCUGCAGCACAUCACUGAGCUGCUCACAGAGUGCCUGGUGCCAGCUGCCUCCCAACCCGCUGCCACCGUGCGCCCCGCCAACGGCAGGCUCCAGCAAGCCGGGCAGCUGGAUUUUGUGCAGGUCGCAGCCUCUGGCAGCCUCGCCGCCAGAGUCGACUACAGCGUGCAGCAUGCCUACCAGGCCCGCCAGGCCUUCCUGCGGAGCAUCCAGGCUGGCGAGGCGGCGGUCAAUCUGGCGGCGGCGGCGCUGCACAUUGCAGAGGAAGAUGAUGCGCUGGUGUCCCACUCCACUGUGCAGCUGCCGGUGGCUUCUUACCAGCAGCGCCUGCAGCGCCUGGCCGCCGAUUUCGCUCAGCAGUGCCUGCCAGAGGCUGAGCAGCGGUGGGCGCAGCAGCAGCAGCAGCAGCAGCAGCAGCAAGCGUCGGGCAGUGACGGCGGCGGCGGGCCUGGCGGCGGCGGCGGCAGCUGCAGCGAAGCUGUGCUGGAGGCAUUGCAACGGUACCUUUACGACCAGCAGGGCUUCCGGGUGGCUGCCUAUGGCCGCAGCAACCUUCCGGAGGGAGCGCUGGUGGACCACCCUGGCGUGUGGGAGAAGGCGGGGCAUGCGUACCUAAAUGAGGUGCUUGUGUCUCGCUGCGGCAUACCAGCUGCGCUGGCCAUCGUGCUGGCCGACAUCGUGCGCCGGCUGCUGCUGCUGGGUGCCAUCGACUUUGCUGUGCGCAUCGACUGCCGCGACCUGGGGCGGCGGCCCCGUGCCCAGGUGCUGCCGGGCCUGAGCCGGGCGCAGGUGGUGCGGGGGGACGGCACGGUGCUCAACACCUGCACCUCUGGUUCCCUGGUUGAGCUGCUCCGCUUCCUCAAGCGCUGCUACUGGCCUUUCCGCUGGAGCGCCGCCGGCGGCAGCGGCAGUGGCGGCGGCUUUGCCGACGCCGCCAGCGUGUUUCUGGAGGGGGAGAGCGAUGCGGCGAUGCAGGCGAGGGGUGGUGGUGCUGGCGGGGAGGCGCCUGCCAUCAGCCGCACCGCCAGGCACCGGCUGGAGCGAGGCAUCUGGACGAGCCCCGGCGGCGGCGACAUCAGGCGCGCGCUGGCGGCCUGCGAGCGCCUCGUGCUGCUGUGCGGCGCGCAGGCCCCGCUGGAGCGGCGGGACCUAGCUGUCCUGUACAUGCAUGUGGGGCGCUUCCGGGAAGCCAAGGCGGAGCUGCUGGAGUUUGUCAGGAGCCCGCCGCCCUCGGCAGCCGCAGCAGCCGCUGCAGGGUUGCCCGACGUCGCGCUGCCGCCCGUGCUGUCGCUGUCGCCCACGGGCGCGGUGGUGAGCGCGGGCGGGCAGAGCCUGGCGGAGCAGGCGCUUACCGACCGCCUGCUGCAGCUGCUGUCGGGCGUGGAGCCUGCGAAGGGAGCGCUCAGCUUGGAGGCGGCCCUGCAGGAGCCGCCCCCGCAGCAGCAGGACGACGGCCGACGGCUGCCGCUGACCUGGUGA